AUGGCGGCGGAUGGCCGCGGGAGCCGGGAGCUGCUUGCUCUCAUCCACCAGCACCUGCUCCGCGGAGGCUUCGCCCGGGCGGCCCGAGAGCUCCAGGCGCAGACCGGGCAGAAAUUGCUCCCUUCCCUCUCAGCUUCUCUCGAGGACAUCUUUACUCACUGGGAAAAAACUCCCUCAAAUACCAGGAGAAGAAAGGUGAGUGAGGAGGAGGAGGCAGCCAUCCCAGAAAAGAUCAGAGUUCCUGAUCCCGUGAGCAGCUCUGAGAGCUCUGAGAAGGAAGAGGAUGAGAAGGAGAAGGCGAAAGCUGCCAAGGCAGCCAGCCUCCCCCUGGCCACCAACUCCGUCGUGAACAUAGAAAGCAGUGAAGAUGAGGACUCCUCCUCGGAAGAGGAGACAUCCGCCGGGAAAGGAGCAGGCACGGUGACACCAGCUGUGGUGAGUGGCAACGCUGCCAGCUCCCUGCAUUCUCCUAGCAAAGCUGCUGCCCCAGCAGGCAGAGCGGCAGGGCCCUCUGCAGCAAACAGAACUGUGCUCUCACAUAAGCAGCAGCCCAGUGCAUCAGCUGUGUCUGCAGCUCCAGCCAAGGCUGAGCAGAAGCUGCCUGGUCCUGGGAAGUCCAACCAUACCACAGCAGCCAAAGUAGGUCAAAGCAAAGCACUGGUAACUACCAAAGCAUCGGAAAGCUCCAGCAGCAGCUCCUCGUCAGAGAGCGAGGAGGAAAAAGAGACUCCAGCUGCAAAGGCCCCAGCCCCCAAAGUGGAGCCAAAGAAGGCAGCUGGGACUGCUGAGAACAGCAGUGAGGAAUCAAGUGAUGAAACAUCCUCUGAGGAAGAGACUGCAGCUCCAACAGUCCAGGCAAAACCAGCUGGGAAAACAGUGCAGGCUAAUGCAACACCUGUGAAAAGUGCCCCUGCUGCUGCAGUGCCCCUCAAGAAGAAUGCAGUGAAGCAAACAGCACUGGCACCAAACCAGGCCAAACCCACACCCACAACGGUUCCUGGGGCUGCAAAGCCUGAUGACACCUCAGAGAGCAGUGACUCAUCUGACAGUGAAGAUGAGGAGCCUCCAUCCUUGCCCCAGACAAAGCCACCUCCAAAGCCCUCCCAGGCCACCCUCUCCCCGGUGAAACCUACACCAGCAGCAUCGCUCUCCAGUAAAGCAGCUCCAGCUAAAACACUUCCACCUUCUGAAGGGAAGCCAGCCCCAAAAGCAGCAGUGCCAAAGCAGGCCAAAGCCACGCUGGGAAGGGCUGCUGCUGCCACGAAGCCUGCUGAAAGUAUGAAGCCAGAGGAGAGCUCCAGCUCCUCCAGCAGCGAAGAGGAGGAUCCCCCUGUGCCCAUCAGCCAGAAGAGAUUAACAGAACAGCCUGGGCCUGUUCCCAGCCUGGGCCAGGCUGCUAAAACUGGGCCACCUGAAAAAGCAGUGGGAAGCACCUUGAAUAGCCAGGCCUCAGAAAGUGAGAGCAGUGACUCUUCUGACAGUGAGGAGGAGACCUUGGUGGCACAAACACAGCCUCCACUUCCUGCAGUAAAAGCCAAUGUUGUGCCCCAGCCAACAAAUGUGAAGAAGGCUCCAGCUCCAGCCCCAGCCCCAGCCCCUCCACCUGUGGCCAGCAGUGAUGAUUCCAGCGAGGAGUCAGAUUCAGAGGAGGAGAUAGUCCCUCCUACUCAGGCCUCCACUGCUCCUUGUCUAAAGCAAACAGUUCCUGUGGGAAAAGCUCCUCCAGCCAGCACUGCUGCCCCACAGGCUGCUUCACUCCCAGGAGGUGCCACUGCCAAGUCAAAGAAACCAGGCCUGCAGCCAGUGCAGGAUGCCCAGCUGAGCCAGGCUGUGCCACCCCCCCAGGCAGGGGACACCUCAGACAGCAGCAGUUCCUUGGACAGCAAUGAUGAGGAGACCCCCAAGCAGCCCCCCAAACCUGGCUCACAGCAGAAACCAGCAGGGAUCCAGCCAGCCCACAGCUCCUCCUCAGAGUCCAGUGAAGAGGAGGAACAGGCAGCAUCACAGUCCCUCCUCACAGGCUAUGAGGGCCCCUCCAAGCCUCCAGCAGCAGCCCAGGCACCAAAGACGGUUCCCCCCCAGCCUGUGGGCAAAGUGGGGCAAGGGAAGGCUGCAAACUCCCUCACCAAACCCUCCCUGACCGCGGCCCCAGCCAGCAGCGACAGCAGCGACAGCAGCGACUCGGAUAUGGAUGUGGAGCAGGUGGCUACAAACCACAGAGCAGAAAACAACCCUCCUCUAGGGCAGGAAACCACAGGAACCUCCAACAAAGAGAAAGUGGCAGGAAAAACAGAGCCAGGUCCUACCAGCCUCAAAGCUUCCCGACCCAAGAAAGCCCUGGCUGUGAAACAGAAUGAUGUUGGGGCAAAAGGGGUGCAGGUGACCCCAGCAUCACACACACCACUCCCUGUCCCACAGGCAGAGGAGUCCAGCUCUGGGAGCGAAACUGAGAUCAGCACUGCUGCCAAAGCUCCUGCAGUGCAAACACUGGAAGGGUUGGAAGGGAAGAAGAAGAAGAAGAAAAAGGAGAAAAAAGAAAAGAAGGAAAAAAAGAAAACUUCCUCCACAGCAGACAAGGCUGUGAAAACAUCUAAGAGCAAAGACAAAGAGAACAAGAAGCAGAAAAUGUCUCAGAAGAGGAAGCUGGCAGGAGAGGAUGAGGCUGUUGUGCAGCCCAAGGAGAAGAAGCAGAAAGGACAAGCUAAUGAAGAAGUACCCAAAAAGAAAAAGAAGAAAGCAGCUGGCGACCUGGAGAAGCUGCCAGACAGCAAGGAAAAGAAAAAAACAGUUAAAAAAAAAAAGGCUGGAAAAGAAAAAAAGAAGAGCAAAAAGAUGCCUUUGGAAGGGGAGCCUGUAGCAGAUGGCUCUGCUGAGGUUCCCAAGAAGAAGAAGAAGAAGAAAACAGCUGAGCCUGAAGGAUAGUGAGAAGGUACAUGGCCCCUGGGGACUGUCAGUUGGUACCUCUGAGCAGCGGUCACCUUGGCCAAAUUCCGUCCUCCUGGGCCCACCUUGGGAAGACAAUGAACCUUCUGAGUCAGCCUGGCCUCAGGUUAGAGGUCCAGGGAGUGGAGCAGUGUAAGGACAGUCCUGCAGCAGCGUCUUGGCUCCUCUGGAUGUGUUUGACCUCAACUCUUCAGCUGCUGAGAACUGGAUGUCCAGCCUGGACGCCGCUGUCCUCUGUCAUCAGCAGAGCUGAGUGGCCUCUGGCAGUGUCUGUCUG